AUGGCAGACUUUCUCGUUCCUAAAGACGUUUCUCCUGAUCUUCAAGGCCCAAGGCGGCUUGACGGUCCAAUUCACGCAGAGCGUCAUGUUAACAUCAUUUGUGUUGGCGCGGGUGCUUCUGGUCUUCUCAUGACCUAUAAGCUGCAAAAGCAUUUUAGCAAUUUCUCUUUGACGGUUUUCGAGAAGAAUCCAGAAGUAUCAGGCACAUGGUUCGAAAACAGAUAUCCAGGGUGCGCGUGUGACGUCCCAUCUCAUAAUUACACUUGGAGUUUCGAGCCAAAGCUUGACUGGACAGGAGUCUAUUCGAGCAGCAAAGAGAUCUUUCAGUAUUUUGACAGCUUUGCGAACAAGUACGGUCUCAAGAAUUACAUCAAGACCGAACAUCAAGUUACUGGGGCGUACUGGAAUGAUCGUACUGGCGGUUACGAUGUCAAGGUCCGUGAUACCAAGAAUGGACAGCAGUUUUCACAGCAUUGCGAUAUUCUCAUAAAUGCAUCGGGCAUUCUAAACAACUGGAGGUGGCCGGCAAUUCCUGGGUUACAGAAAUACAAAGGAACUUUACUACAUACUGCAAAUUGGGAUGAUAAUGUAGACCUCACUGGCAAACACGUCGGUCUUAUUGGCAAUGGAUCCUCCGGAAUUCAGGUACUUCCAAAGAUCCAGCCGAUUGUUGACAAGGUCACAACAUUCAUCCGUGAGCCAACUUGGGUGUCACCCGUUCAAGGCCUGGAACAGCAUGUAUACUCAGCAGAAGAGCAAAAAGACUUCGCGCAGAAACCAGGCGUGCUCACAGAAUACCGCAAGAACAUCGAGCGUGGACUGAAUGGACAAUUCGGUAUCUUCUUGAAGGAUACCAAACCCAACAACGACACACACGAUUACAUGAUGGAUCAGAUGCAUCAAAAGCUCCAGAAUCAAUACCUCGAAGAAAGGUUGAUUCCAAAAUGGUCAGUCGGAUGCCGGCGCCUGACACCAGGUGUCGGAUACCUGGAGAGUUUGGGCAAAGAAAACGUCAAAACGGUCUACGGAGAAAUCAAUGAGAUAACAGAGAAGGGAUGUCUCUGUGAUGAUGGGAACGAAUAUCCAGUCGAUAUUCUAAUCUGCGCAACGGGAUUCGACACCACAUUCAAGCCACGCUUCCCACUCAUCGGCCCAGGUGGCGUGAACCUCCAAGAACAAUGGAAAGACGAUCCACAUUCAUACCUCGGCAUGGCUGCCGACGGAUUUCCAAAUUACCUGAUCUUCCUCGGACCAAACUCACCUAUUGGAAACGGGCCAGUUCUUUGUGCCAUCGAAGCACAAGCAGACUACAUGCUCAAACUCAUCGACCGCUAUCAAACCAGAAACAUCAAGACCUUCGCCCCAACAAAAUCAGCCAUCAACGACUUCAUCGCCCACAAAGACGAAUUCAUGAAGAAAUCCGUCUGGGCGGACCCAUGCCGUUCCUGGUACAAGCAAGGUCCAGACGGACCUAUCACCGCUCUGUGGCCCGGCUCUGCUUUGCACUACAUCGAAGCUAUCCGGGAAGUCCAGAUUGAGGAUUGGGACAUCAAGUAUUCUGGCAACAGGUUCGCGUGGAUGGGUAAUGGGUAUAGUCAGACUGAGCUGGAUAAUACGGCAGACUGGGGUUACUAUAUUAGGGAUCGGGAUGAUGAUCCACCUGCUACUACGGGAGGAAAGAGGAAGGUGCUGAGUAAGAGUGGGACUAUGAAGGGGAAUGCUGGGAUUAACUUUGCGGGAGUCAAGGAUGAAGCUCCUGUGCCUGAGAGGGCAAAUUUGUAG